AUGUAUUCCUUCAAAGAUCCUCAAAUUGAUCUAGAUUUCGAUGAUGUUGAUGGAGAUAUUGAUUCUCAAAACACAGACCCUGUCGAGCAAAAUAAAAAUCGCAGAAAACAAACACUUCCUAGCACAAAAAUUAAAGUUGAGCCAAAUGACUCGAGGGUUUCUUCAGUAUCUACGCCAGUUGAUGAUAAACCUAUGAAAGUAAAACAAGAAACAGUUAUAGAUGUCAGAAUCACAAAUGGCGAUACAGUGAAUGGGAAAAAGUUUGAUGCAAAAUUUCCUUGUAUACUUGCACUGUUAAAAUCUGAACCUCAAGAAUAGAUGUUUAAGUUUUCAAACAUUUUGGGUAAAUAAACAAAUUGAGUUUGUAUUGGACAAAGUUUAGUCCUCAUACAUCUAUCCCACCAAUAACUCAAAUCUCAGUGGAAACUUUAGAACCAUGUAUUUUUAUAUUUUGUGUGUUUGACUGAAAUGUACUUCUUUAAUCAUCCUGUUAGUGUGCAUUUAUGUUGAUUUAUUUGUGCCAAUUUUACAAUUGGAGAAAAUUUCAAUAUCAAUUAAAAAGAAUUUGAGCAAUAUUGCAUAAUUGUUCAUGCAAGUAUUACAGGAAACAAAUGUUAAAUGCUUUGGUCAGAAAACUAUCCAAGUUUAGACAUAAUCCUAUUUAACAGCUAGUUCCAAAAUUUCAAAUUGGUCAUUAUUUUCU